AUGGGCAAUACAGAUACACCAGCAUAUCUGACUUCAGAUGAUGCCAGAUACACUCUAGGUAUUCAUCGUGGUCCAUUAGUAUCCAAGAAUGAAGAUGAAGGUGCCCAACUCGCACAGGUCGAGUCGAUCGGUGGCCUGUCAUUGGAAACGAGGAAGUUGAAGCGCAGCGAGAAAUUCCAGCGCCAUUGGAAACGAUUCUGGUGUCUGCAUCUUUUGGUGACUAUCAUUUUUCUGGCGAUUUUCUUGCCUGUCUUCUUUUUGGUUGCCAUUCCAGCCAUCUCACAGAUGGUAGUGAACAAGUCUGACUUAGUAUUGGUCAAUGCCUCAGUCUUAAACCCCCGACCGGACAAGAUUCAAUUGACGCUGUUGUCGGCAUUGGACCUCAAAAUUGCAUUGCCAGUACGCAUCGAGCCCAUCACAUUAGAUCUGUUCGUGCGCGAUACGGGGGCAGAGAAUGCAUGGGGUCAGGCUAAAAUUGAUGGCAAAGUCAUCAAGGGCAACACUACUCUUGGUGUGGACAAGGUCGAGACGCCAUUGACCAACUUGGACACCUGGGAGGAGUAUGUACACAAUGUCGUGUUUGAAAAGGAGACUGCUCUGUCGGUCAAAGGUGUGACUAAUUCAUACUUGGGUGUACUCAAGUCUAAGGUCACUAUGGACAAGAAUAUCAUGUCGCCAGGUAAGCCGAAGAAGCAAAUCAUUCUAGAAGUGAAGCUGAAACUGACUUUCUUCCAAGUGCUGGACCAGUUCAAGAAAUUCAGUAUAGCCGACAGUGGACUCAUUGCACCCCUUGAGGACGGCACCAAUCUCGUCGGGAAUGCCACCCUCCCCAACCCGUCCGUGUUGACUCUUGACAUUGGCACAAUCGUCCUCGACGUGAAGAGCGGCGAUCUUGUCAUUGGAAACGCCACCCUUAAAGAUGUCACUAUUAAACCAGGCGACAACGUCUUUCCUCUAACUGGAAUUCUCGACAUCCACACCAUGGUCGAGAAUCUCGGAAAGGUGCUCGCCUCUCAGGCAAAUGCCCUCAAAACCGGCAGCCUAGCGCUGGAUACCGUAACCCGAACCGUCACCUGGAAUGGCACGCUGGUACCAUACUACACCAACGUGAUGAAGCAGCUAACGCUGACGGCAAACGUUCCAAUCGCUGAUCUAAUUAAGAACACUGUUCACAAUCUGCUGAGCAGCAAUCAAACCCUGAAAGACAUUAUCAACUCAGGGGGCGACACGACCGAGCUGCUAGGUGACCUCGCUCACAGCAAUGAAGACAGCGAUACUGCCAAUUCACUAUCCGACACCUCCGACCUCGCAUCAAAGAUGAAGGCGAACCUUGCCGUGCGUGACAUGUUCCGUGACACGCAUCCGGUUAAACGGGAUACAGCUAUCAACUUACUGGCCGGGAUGUACAAGAAGCUGUGA